ACGGGGUGGAUGACGUACACGCUGUUCUACUGUAUAUAGGUAGGAAAAUAAGAGUAUAAAAGACAAAGUCGAAGCUAAGAUUUUCAUCAGUCGCUUGCACUUUCGAGUUCGAAGAAGCUCAAGUAAUCCACCACAACCGACAAAAUGAAAUUCCUGUUCAUCCUUUUCGCCAUCGUCGCCAUCGUCGCGGCCUACCCCGAACAAGAGGUCCGAGAACGCCGUGGAAUCCUUGGGGGUCCAGUUCUAUCGUCGGGAUGGAUCGGUCCCAAAAUCGCUGCGGCUCCAGUUGCCAUCGCCGCUGGUCCUAAACUCCUCGCGGCGCCUGCCGUUGUAGCCGCACCUGCCCUUGCUCCCGCGUGGGGACUGAAAGGAUGGUAAAUAACCAUUUAAAUCCCGGCAUAACUGGACCUGAAGUAUUACAAUGAAUAUCGACGAUGGGAGUUUAUCUCAUUGCGCAAAAUUCCAAUUCGACGAUUGGUCGCACUCCCUUUUUGUUUUCGGUCGCAAUUACGAUGGAUACCUUGUAAUUGGCACGAUGGAAAAUUCUACUCUUUCCCUCACCCCUUGUGUAAUUUAAAUUUUUAUCAGAUAAUAAACUUAUUUUAAAAACCUAGAAAAAA